CCCAAAUGUCCCCAACAAUCGACAACCUGACCGGCAGCUGGACCCUAGCAAGUGCUCCCACAUAUUCCCUUUUCCUCCCCCUCCUUAACCAGACAUCAACCCACAAAACUAACCACCCAUCUCCCCCGAACCCUCCACGGAGAGCACGGGGGAGAGGACCGAGCAACCAGGACAAAUCCCUCUCCAGCGACCUGGACCCAAUCCUCGAACUACAAGGCAUCCCCUGGCUCCUCCGCAAGACCAUCCUCUUCACCCCCCUCACCAUCCAAAUCGCCCACCACACCGAUACCAACGCAAGCGGUGGCCCCCCCCAAACCCAGCUUACCGCCCGCCAAACCAGCAGCAAGGCCGCCAACCCGCCACCGGAUAUCCGGCACUUCGACUGGGAGGUUUACGAGCAAGAGAAUUUUCUGUUUGGGGGGAUUGUGUGUCGGAAUCGGUAUAUUAGGGGGGACACCUCGGUACCUACCUUAACGGAGGUAGGGGGAAGUGCUGGUGGUGGUGAGGAUGGGGUGGUUAGGCCUGCGGUGGAGGUGCAGAGUCUGCUGAAAGAUGAUGGGGAUGUUGUGAGGAGGUUCUUGAGGGGGGAGGUGGAGCUUGAUGGAUGCACGCACUCGGAAGGGUUCCUUGUGGAGGAGCCUGUGGUUAGGGGGUUGUUUGGGGAAGAAGGGAGGGGGUCUGGGGAGGGGAUCUGGGGGCAUGUAUUUGAUAAGAAGAAGGAUGGAGGGUGGUGUUCUGAGCAGGUUUGGGGAUUUGAGAUGAUACAUGGGGAAAGGUUGUAUACCCGGCGGGCUGUGGUGACUGACAGUACUGGGGGGUACAGGCUGGCGCGGUUGGUUUAUAGGCUAAUUGAGAGCUGA